AUGAUCAAAUCGUUCCGAAGAAGCAAGAGACAGCUGUCAUCUGCCAGUCUGCCCAAGCAUCUGAUUUCACGUGUCUCAUCCAGCUCAGCCCAGCCAGGCUACGAUGUUGAUUCCGUUCUCCAACUGCCCAAGAAAGUAAUUCGGGCCUUGUACGAUUACACUCCACAGGGACCUGGCGAAUUGAAGUUUUCCAAAGGUGACUUCUUUCACGUUCUCACUGAUGAUUCUGACAACUUCAACUCUGACAACUCCAACGGCUGGUACGAGGCUACCAAUCCUAUGACCCAUGCCCGUGGAAUGGUUCCUAUUUCGUAUUUCGAAGUUUUUAACCGUUCCAGACCAGGCGUCCCCCCUGCCAUCACCCAUGGUCCGCUGGGCCAUGCGCAUAAUCGUAAUCUGAACCAAACGCUUUACGCCGUAACGUUGUACGAGUUUACUGCUGAAAGGGAGGACGAAUUGUCCAUUCGUCCAGGCGAAAACUUGAUCAUUUGUGCUCAUCACGAUCACGAAUGGUUCAUAGCCAAGCCAAUAAAUCGUUUGGGAGGCCCAGGUUUGGUUCCUGUUUCGUACGUCAAGAUAAUCGAUCUUCUCAAUCCUCUUAGCAAUCAGCCUGAUGUUGAUACUUCAGAUAAGGAAGCAGUAGCCAGAGCAAUCGACAGUUUCAAAAUCCCAACAGUGGAACAAUGGAAGGAUCAGACAGCCAAAUACCAGGCUCUGACAAUUCCGUUGGGAUCCAUCUCCAAUAGCCAGACUCCACCUGUUUCUUCCAAUACUCAGUUUUUCGAAGGUAACACUGAAGGUUCUAACCGCUCUUCUCUUAGCUCAUCAAACACCACCAUUGUAGAAGUAGGUGUCGACUCGUACCAGUUGGACCAUGGCAGAUACCAGUACCUCAUUAUAGCCCGUCUCUCCAACGGCAAGGUCAGAAACUUGUACAGAUACUAUCAGGACUUCUAUGACUUGCAGGUAAAGCUUUUGGAGUUGUUUCCUUACGAAGCUGGUAAGAUUGAGAACUCUAAACGUAUCAUUCCUUCGAUCCCUGGUCCAUUGAUCAAUGUUAAUGACAGUAUCUCCAAGUUGAGAAGGGAGAAGUUGGACUACUACUUGAGAAACUUGAUCGCUUUGCCAGUGCAUAUCUCCCGUUCUGAGGAAGUGUUGCGACUCUUUGAAGUGUUGGAUAACGGCUUCGACAAAGAAACCUCAGAAGGAGUAGAUCAGACCAACCAUGCCAACGCCAACAACAAUAACAACAAUAACAACAAUAAUGCCAAUAAUAAUGGAAGAACUUCCAAGCCUAUAAGUCAGCAAUCGAACUAUCAACAAGACAGAUUAUCGCAAUAUUCUAAUUUCCACAACAACUCCAGUCAGACAAGAACCUCCAGUACACCUACGUCAGCUGAAUCUGUACCUGACAGAUCAAGGUCUUCAUCUAGCGCCAACAUCAAUGCUGCCAGUGGGUUGCCCACCCAAUUAUCCAACAAUAGUUCGGAUACGAAGCAGUCCAAGGUCAAAGUCAAGUUUUAUUACGACGAGGAUAUCUUUGUAUUGUUAUUGCCUACGAAUUUGCGUUUGCAAGAUUUGAAGACAAAGCUCUACAAGCGGUUAGACUUAGACGAUCCCGAGAGUGGCCAUGGCAGAUUGGCACAGGAUAUACAGUUGUUCUUGAAGAACGACUACGACGACUUUGUCAACGAAAACAACAUUGUAGACGAUGAGUUUGACGAUGUCCACAUUCAGAAGCUAAAGGAGUUUGAGGUCGACGACGACGACAAGUUCCACCGCAUUUUGUUCGACAAGUGUAAGUUGGUAAUUCUUGCCUAGACACAACUCUCAUUGCUCACGACUUAUCACGCAUUUCCAUGGACCCCCUAUGUAUUAUAGAUCUGUUUUAGCUUCUGACAGAAAGUGAAAUUGAUAUUCUCUUUGGUAUUGCCAUCGCAGUAGCCCGGAUAGGUAUAGAAGAUGUGCGAUUGUACCCUCAUGAAAGUAAUGCUAGCUAGUAAUCUACGAAUUGUACUAUCGUAAUGUAUUAAUAACGUGUGUGAGCAUAAGAUGUGUGCUGUCAUUCACAAUCAUAAUCAUAUUCAUAAUCAUAAUCAUACUUAGCAUACCCUUAAACAAUU